GUGAGGGCAGCAUGCUUGUGGAGGAGUCUGCUCUGUACGCACACAGGAACAGGACUCUCCGCAGGAACAGGACUCUCUCUGCCUCUCUCUCACAAGCAGCCCUGGACAGUUUUCCUUUUCACUUUCAGUUUGGACUUGUUCAAGACACCUUCUCCUGGCUUCCAAAAGGAUUUGAACCUCCUUCUCCGUCUCUCCAGAGGCUCUGGGAGGACUCGGCAAGGGGUGCCCAGGUCACGGUGCACCAUCAAGACAUGAACACCAUGUAAACAUUGAAAGACCCGACAGAGAAGAAGAAAAAGAAGGAAAAAAAAAGGGAAGAAACUAUUUGUUAUUUUUAGAUUUAGACACAAGAUGAUCCCGCCAACCAACACCCAGGAGGAAAGUGGGGGGAAAGAGGAGGAGCGGGACCAGAAUGAGACCCCCAAAUCUCCAAGCAACACGGUCAACCAGGAGACCAAGAAUACUGUGAGGCCCGAACACCCCAAACGGAAGCUGCAGAAACUCAAGCGCUCCUUGUCCUUCAAGACCAAGAGCAUCCGCAGCAAGAGCGCCGACAACUUCUUUCGGAGCAGCGGCGACAACAAGACCGAGCUGCUCUCUGACGUGAGCAGCAGCACGGGCCACCUCUACAACAUAGGUAUGGCGCCGCCGCACACCACCAGUCUGCCCAUCCCUCCUGUCCCUCCGGCCAUCCCCUGCGCUCCUCCUCCCACGUCACGCUCCCAGACGCGCAACCCUCUGCAGGUGGACUCGGCCGGACAUUGCUUCAUGGAGCACAUCUUCAAGAAGCCCACCUUCUGUGACGUCUGCAACCACAUGAUCGUAGGUACCACAGCCAAGCACGUCGUGUUCCUGGCGGGCAACACGGCGAAGCACGGCCUACGCUGCAAAGCCUGCAAGAUGAGCCUCCAUCAUAAAUGUGAAAAUGGCGUGGGUCAGCAGCGCUGCAUGGGCAAACUGCCAAAAGGGUUUCGGCGAUACUACAGCUCCCCGCUACUGAUUCAGGAACAGUACGGCUGCAUCAAAGAAGUCAUGCCCAUUGCUUGUGGCAAUAAGGUAGACCCCGUCUACGAGGCCCUGAGGUUUGGGACGUCUUUGGCUCAAAAGGCCAAGAGGGCCAGUGGCUCGGAAUCUCCCCAAGGAAACUCGACCAGUGACUUGGAUAAUGUUCUAGAGGAAGCGGUGGCUCACAGCAGCAGGCAGCAACUGUCAAGAAAGCCCAGUGAUGAUGUUUUCACGGUAAUCGAGAACGGGGCGGAUGAUUACCAUCAACCACAGAGAACGGCCCACGUCUGUGAGAUGGAGGAGAGCCAGUUCAACAAAGAUGCACUCACGCUCAACACCUACGUGGCCUUGUACAGUUUUGUUCCUCAAGAGAACCAUGACCUGGAAAUGAGGGCAGGAGACAGAAUAUUGCUAGCUGACGACUCCAAUGAUGAUUGGUGGAAGGGAAUAAUUGAGGACAGGAUUGGCUUCUUCCCGGCCUCCUACGCUUAUCCGCUGAGGGCAGAAGACCAGGUUUUUAGGUGUAACAGGACGUUUAUCGGCGGCAAGGAGCAAGGCCAGGUCACGCUGAAGGAGGGACAGAUUUGUGUGAGCAGUGAGAGGGACAACAACGGCUUCAUCGUGGUGGAGAGCGGAAAGAAGCGAGGCUUUGUGCCAUGCGACGUUCUUGACAUUAUCUAAGGGCAAAAAACAAACAAAAAAAAAAACAUAGCAAGAAGGUAGAUCAUUUUGCCAUGGAGAUGAGACAAGACAGAACUGACUGCAUCAGAAAGUCCACAGGAGUACACGUCUUGCGAAAAACAAGUGCUGCUCUUUGUUAGCUCCCAACGAUCACUGGAUUCAAAUCAUAGAGCCGACUGCUUUUUUGAGCACGCUUGGACCUCUUGCUUACAUUCUAUUCCAAGGUUUUAGUACAUUAUGAAUGCAAAGUCGGCAGCUUGAGUCCUGCUAAUUCAAAAAACCUACGAGUCUUUCACCCAGGGCGAGUCUUCAGAGAAUCCCAAAGAGCGCGUUUCAUGGUCAUUUAUGAGUCCACAGUUGACCCCCAUUUCCAUUCUUGCACAAGUUUAUCGCUAUAGUAUCAUAAGCAUCCAUCCAGCCAUCUUCUUCCGCUUAUCCGAGGUCGGGUUGCGGGGGCAGCAGCCUAAGCAGGGAAGCCCAGACAUCUCCCCAGCUCCUCCCUGGGGAUCCCAGGAAGAACUGGACGCAGCAACUACAAAUAAAAUGUUUAUUGUCGACCACCAGUUGAAGCGAGUGGCGCCUUCUAGCGUGUUAUCACAAAAAAGUAUUUCUAAAUGAAGACUGUGUGUAGGAAAGAAAAUACAUACAUACACACACACAUACAUAUACAGUAUAUAUAUAUAUAUAUAUAUACACACACACACUUCCAAACAUUCUUCAUUUACCAAUAUAUAUGUUCGUAAGUAUAUAUAUAUAUGUAUACAUACAUACAUACAUCACACACACACACACACACACACACACACACACACACACACACACACACACACACACACACACAAAUCCCUUACUCUGCAGUAUGUAGAAUAUGCAGUAUUGUACAUAGUGUAUGUAACAGAUUAAAAUUUGUAUCACAUU